AUGGAUUCGACGACGGGGAGAGCUGGCGUCAUUCGCGCCAGUGACGGUGACGGGAGCAUGGAUAAGCUGGCGCACUCCGUCCUAGAUGAUCUGCUAUACAACAUCAUCUCAGACCUAGUCCUCGAGACGCACCGCGAAGAGAAGCUGGCCAAGGCGACGACGGCGGCCAUCCAGGCCGAGAAGGUGGCGGCCGACGCGUCGGACCCGUCGGCGCCCGAAAUCAAACCCGACGUGCGCAUCGAGACCGACGCAGCCAUAUACCACGACGGCAAGGUCUACCUCAAAGGCAACCCGCUCAAGACGACCAAGGAGAUCCUGUGCCCCAAGUGCCACCUCCCUCGGCUGCUGCACCCGACCGACGGCAAGGGCGCCAAGAAGCCCGACCCCACCGUCCUCUACUGCAAGAGGCACCCCUACAUCGAGAAGGCAGGCUGCGACGUCUACGGCCAGAGCUGGGUCGGUCCGGGACCCGGUCGCGGCAAGAAGAAGAAGGACAUGGAGAAGAAGGACGAGGCCGGCGCGGGAGGUGAGCAGCGGCCACCUAACGUGCUCUCGUUCCCCUCGGCCACGUGCAGCAAGUGCAAGCGGUGCAUCCUCGUCACCCGCCUCAACAACCACAUGGGCUCGUGCAUCGGUAACAGCGGCCGCAACGCCAGCCGUGCUGCCUCCCAGAAAUUCAACAACGGCAACGGCAACAUCAACAGCUCUACUCCCCCCCCCACCUCCUCACAGAAGAACACGCCUGCUCCCGGUUCGCGCGCAGCUAGUCCCAGGAAACGCGAGAUGAGCGAGGACCUGGACGACGAGAACAACAGCAACAACAGCAACAACAACAACAACAGCAACCACAAUAACAGCAAUAACAACGGCGGCGGCGGCGGCCAUGGUGCUGACGGCACAGGACCCCCUAAGAAGAAGAAGAUGAAGUCGUCGGCGUCGGCAUCCGCGUCGGGCACCUCGACCCCACCUGGGUCCAUCAACGCCAAGAAGGUCAUACUCAAGACCAAGAAGGAGCUGGCCAAGGCUGCCGCCUCGGGUCUCUCCCAGGAGAAGAAGUUUGGGCGCGCAGGAUCGGCCGACAGCGAUUCCGUCGAGGUUGCGACCCACCCCGCAAAGUCCAAGACGGGCAACGGGAGUCCCCUCAAGAAGUCCAAGAUUGCCAAACCCCCUGCACACAAUUCCUCCCCGCUGAAGAAUGGGCGUGAUGCGGAUGGCGAGUCUGAGUCUUCAGGUACUCUGUCUUCUCCCCGUCAGUAA